AUGCCAAGGCCUGCUGAAGUUUCCCGCUUCUUGCGGCCCGUCCUUUUCAAAGACAUUCGAUCAACAUCGAUCCCCUCGCAUGCUCGCUGCUUCUCUGCGUAUACCAGGCUAGCCGCGAAAAAACCCGUCAAGGAUUCGCCGACUGGUGAUUAUGAGAAGCGCAUCGCUCAGCUGCAAGCCAACACGUCGCUGCAAGACUGCUGGCCGCGCCUGCCACAGCGCCAUGAUGUCCCUAGAAUCUCCGUAUACGAUCUGAGAAAGAGCAGUGCAACUUUAGAUAAUGGCGCUACCAAGCUUGACGAUAAGUUUGUCGUUUCCGGCAGAGUCCGCUCUGUGCGCACUGCCGGCUCUAAGUUGAUCUUCAUCGACAUCGAACAAGAUGAUCGUGCCGCCCAAGCUAUCUGUAAUUUCUCCCGCCUCGACGAGAACGGCGUCCCUCGUGAGCACUUCAAUGCUUUCAAGCGUGUCAUUCGUCGAGGUGAUUGGUAUACCUUUGUUGGUCAUCCACACAAGGCUCAAGGUGGAGAGGAGAGUAUUCUUGCGACCGAGCUCCCCCAGCUCAUGUCCCCGUCACUUCAUCAAAUUCCUGCUCAACUUGAUGAUGCUGAAACACGCGCUCGUAAACCCCAUGUCGAUAUGUUGGUUCACCGUCAAGCUGUACAAACACUCAGGGUCAGGUCGGUCAUCGAGCGUGGCAUUUCCACCUUUUUCGAUAACCAGGGUUACUCCAAGGUCAGCACGCCCUUGCUGACUGCCGGUGCCGGUGGCGCAGUAGCCCGACCCUUCGAGACUAUCGCUACAGAGAUGCAAGACACCACCCUCAACCUUCGCAUAGCCCCGGAAUUGUGGCUCAAGCGGUUGGUGGUUGGUGGCUUGGGCAAGGUCUACGAGAUUGGCCCAGCCUUUCGUAACGAAGGCGUGGAUGCAACACACAACCCUGAAUUUACCAUUUGCGAGUCUUAUAUGCCGUUUGCCGACCUUGAGCAUCUAAUGAAGAUGACCGAGGACCUGUUGUCUGGGCUGCAUGAGCAACUGCGCAUGCUGGGCCAAGAUAGUUUCAAGCAUCUUGCUGACACUGCUGUCAACUUUGACACAAAUGAGGCUCAUCUGUUUCAAGGACCAUUCCCACGUCUGCCCUUCAUAGCCACUGUGGAAAAAGAAAUGGGCAAGAAGCUACCGAACCUCAGUAAGGACGAUGCACCACAACAGGUUCUGGACCUUUUCACUGAGCUGAACAUUCCCAUUCCUGCCAAACCAACACUCCCGCGCCUCCUAGAUGCUCUGGCUGGUCAAUACAUCGAGCCUCUGUGUACCAACCCAACCUUUAUCACCGAGCAUCCUGCUGUUAUGUCGCCGCUCUCGAAGUCAUAUGUCUGCCCCAAAACAUCCCAACUUAUCUCCGCUCGUGCCGAGCUCUUCAUUCAAGGCAACGAGUACGCCAAUAUGUAUGAAGAAGAGAACUCACCAUUUGCGCAACGCGAGAAAUUUGUAGAGCAGCUCAAAUAUCGUGAAGUGGAUGGCGAAGGUGACGGCAGAGCAGAGGUGGAUGAGAGCUACCUCGAGGCUCUUGAAUGGGGACUACCUCCCACCGGCGGCUGGGGCAUGGGAAUUGAUCGUCUGGUCAUGCUUUUUACUGGCCAGAAGCGUAUCGGAGAUGUCUUGCCCUUCGGCACCUUGAGGAAUGUUGUCGGUCUUGCUAGUAGGCAGACGUGA